CUCUCUCUUGUUAAAAGCAAAGAAACAUGGGUGCUUUAAAUGCUAUUCAAAUUUCAUAUGCUCCAAACAUGCUUUCUUAUAUUGCCGACAUGACUACUGCUAUAGAUGCUUCAAACACGUCGGAUGAAAUAUGCCAACAGUCGCCUAAGUCUGAUUCAAAUACAAGAACGGAAUCAGUGGCUGCGGUUGUUAAACGCACUGACAUUUUGGACUUGAUCAAGUCUAUUUUCCGAAAUGACUUGGAAGCUACAAAUCGUCUCUUGACGGCGAAACCGCAAUUAAUCAACGCCGAAGUAUUUAGGACCACUGUCCGCAGGCCGAUUCAUUUAGCAGUCACGGCAGGUAACUUGGAAAUAGUUAAUGAAUUGCUAAGCUACAUGUCGGAAGAAGACGUGAAAGCGCAAGGUUCCUCCGGUCGCACAGCUCUUCACCUUGUCGCAUGCUCCCCUGGAAACACCGAGAUUGCCAAAAGCUUGAUCGGAAGGAACAAGAAAUUGCUUACUUUUCCAGAUAAACAUGGGUUUAUUCCACUUAGUUUCGCAUGUGAUAGAGGCAAUAAAGAUAUGACUCACUACCUAUAUAACGAGACUACACUAGCAUAUCUACUCUCACGAGAAAAUAAAACUCAAGCAGCCUCGGUCGUCAGUUCGUGUAUUCGAAGCAAAUUGUUUGAUGUUGCUUUGGAUAUGCUCCGCCGUUGCCCAAAAUUAGCAGUCGCUAAAACCUCAGUUGGAUCGAAUGCUGUUUUAGAACUGUCUCUUCAACCUUCUGCAUUCCUUAGCUGCUGUGGGCUCUCAUUUCGGCAACGCAUGAUUUAUUCUUCUUUGUCCAGUGGUGACGAUGUUCGUAUAAAUACUCUGGAACAACAAGAUCAAAAGGAAACGAAAAACUUCAUGAUGCAAGGGAAAGAGAAACUGUUUGAAUUUUGGUCAAUUCUUUUGGAAUUCUUUGGAAUCAAGCAACUCUAUGAUUUGAAGCUGACCCAUGUCUAUGCUCAUGAGCUUCUGCUUUUGAUCUCUAAGACGAUAGCGGGUUUAAGUGUUGAAGAAAUUCAUCAAAGUUUAGUGGAGGAGGCAAUCAUCAACGCUUCUGAGCGGGGGAUGACGGAGUUUAUUGUCGAAAUCAUUAAAUCUAAUCCAGAUUUAUUGAGGACUCUUGACAACGACGGCAAAAACAUUAUAGAGAUUGCAGUUGCAUAUCGACAAGAAAAAGUUUUUAGCCUCAUAUAUGCUCAUGAGGUUCUGAAGUAUGAUUUGUCUACUUUCGCAGAUAACUAUGAUAAUAAUUUGUUACAUUUGGCAGGGCUACUAGAAGCUCAAUCCCAGCUUAAGCUUGAUCAAAUCUCAGGAGCAGCUCUGCAAAUGCAAAGAGAACUACAGUGGUUCAAGGAGGUGGAAAGCAUUGUACCACCAGCGUAUAAGCACAGGAAAAAUGAUGGUCAG